AUGUCCAGGCUCCUGAGGAUGUUCAGGAAGAAGGCUCUGCAGGUGGUCCCAGAGCCUGAGGGAGGCAGCUGCCAUCUUCCCCAGGAGCAGAGCGGCCCCUCCGUCCCCGCAGGUGGGGAAGAAGCUCCCAGCCGGGCCAGGAGGUGGAAGUGCCCAGCCUUCUGGCAGAGGAAGCCUGCUCCUGGCGCAGGUGCCGAGGUGGGAGAGGCACCGGCCAGGCCGAAAUGGAGCUGGCCCAGGAUGCGGCUGGGCAGGCAGGACUCAGCCCAGAAGGGGAGCCGGGCAGGGUGGCUCUGGGGCUUGUUGUGUGGGACCCAGCGGCCCCAAGAGCCCAGCCCUAAUUCCCAGCAGGAGGCAUCGCCCUGCCCAGUCACUGAGGAUCUUCCAGCCUCCCCAGGGCAGGAGGUGGAGGAUCCCUGUCCCAGCACCAGCAGCUCGGCCUGCUCCCCAGGGGACAGCGGCAGCGCCUGGGACUCAGGCAGCAGCAAGGCCGAUGGGCGCCGCUGCUUUGUUCCAGGGACCCCCAGGGACUCGGAGGACGAGGAGGAGAAAUGGAUGGAUAUGGCCACAGAGGAGGCUGCUCUCAAAAACAUUCUAGAGCAACUCCAGGGCCGAGAAAAGGAUGAGGCCCAGCAGCUCAUGUUCCUGCACACCAUCCACCCCGCGUGUCUCGCUGCACAGCAGAGAGGGCAGGAGACGUUGGAGUUGCACUGCUGCAAGGUGGCUGUGAUGGAGAGGAUUGUGGUGAGCGAGACACGGCGCCCAGCAGCUGGAGGGAGGACAGAGACCUGGGAGGGGCAGGGGUCUCCCCGGGCCAAUGGAUGGGGGAUGGCUGAGGUAGAGACCCACCUUCGAGCUGCCCUGCAUGCCGUCUUCACCCUGAGCACGCAGAAGGACACCACCCAAGAAGUCCAGGAUCAACAUAGGGUCUUGCCAGACCUCCUGGAUGCCAUGCUGGGGAACCUGCUGGCAGAGUCCCUAGGCACCGACAGGCUCCACUACAUCUUGGAGGAUCUGCAUAGGGUCUUGCCAGACCUCCUGGAUGCCAUGCUGGGGAAUCUUCUGGCAGAGUCCCCAGGCACCGACAGGCUCCACUACAUCUUGGAGCACAUUAACUACUGGAUUGUGUCCAGGGUGUCGCAGGAGAGAGCCAAGGCCAUUAGGAUCAGCACAGCCCUGCUCAGAUUCACCAUCAGCCUCCCUGAAUUAGACGAUCUGCAUAGGGUCUUGCCAGACCUCCUGGAUGCCAUGCUGGGGAACCUGCUGGCAGAGUCCCCAGAUGCCGACAGGCUCCACUACAUCUUGGAGAGUGAACAGUCAUUGAGUGGGUUGAUCCAGAGGGAGGAGCUCAAACCCUGA